AUGCAAGUUGGACAGCUCCCUCCGGGUCCCGAGACAGGAAAUUUCUACAUCCCGAUUUGCAAUUUACCAUUCGACACAAGAUGGCAGGCGCUUAAGGAAUGGCUUAGCCGCGACUGUGAAGUCGACUACAUUCAACUCUACCACCCCACCUCGGGCUGGAUCAGGGUCAAGGGGGCAUACAAUUUUUAUCGUGCAUGUGAUCGUUUGAAGGAUGGAGUGUUCAACGGCAGACGCAUCAUCUACGAUGACAGCAACAUGACGAGUGCAAUCGUCGUCAAGGAAGUGCACAAUGACGAGAACGCGAUUCCAGUGAACGGUACCGUGAAGUCUCGCCAACCAACCCCUGCACCAUUCUCUGUGCAAAUCGACCAUCAACCCUCACCAUACUCUUACGCAUCCUCAGAAGCAUCAUCGUUUGAACAACAAGUUCCAACGGACCUCGGACACUUCAGCCAGGGGUAUGAUGGCACUCAGAUACAGGGAGCAUGGUGCCCUGAAUACCCUGCAGGAGCAGGCGAGCCGCGCGUCUCCAACGCCGACCUCGAGUUCAAGUUCGCGGCAGAAGAAAUGUGA